AUGGCUUCCAAUGAAUCAGAGUCUCGUGUCAUCUCGGGUAUACCCUUUGAUCCUUUCACUCCCCCAACGAUUCAAAUCAAGGUGCACAAGCUUCGCUUCACCUUGGUAGAGGGUCUGGACUCGAACCCAUAUAUUGACCUCAAGGCUGUGUUCAAGCAAAUGAAAAAGAGUCUCGGCUGUGGAGGCAUGAUCAUGAACGAUCCUGAAGUGGGCGAGUCAAUUGUCCUGAGCGGAGAUCAGCGCUCCAAGGUCGAGAGGUUUCUAGUUGACGAAGAGCAGGGACUCGGAAUCUCCCAUCGCUUCGUCAAGGUCGUCGAGGCCGAGGCCUCACGUGGUGGUGGUACGCCUUCGCCAAAAUUGCGGAAACAAAAGAAGAUCAAAUCUGCAAUGGACUUGCCAGAGUUGAUGCGGCUGAACAAUAUCUGA